GCAUGGCCAACUACAGGAUCGGCCACGGAAGCUCAGAAGUCAUGUGAUCUGACGUCACGAACUCCGUCUGAGGAAAGAACGUUUGAGUGUGAGAAUGGAUGUGUGCCGUUGGAGUAGCGUAAAUAUUUAGUGUUUCUCGUUAAUAACGAAUAUUUUAAACCGUUUUAUUUUAUAUUAUUUAUAAUGCCAGAUCGAUGCUGUGUCCCAGAAUGCCAGUCAAAUUAUGACAAAGCUGGAACGUACGUUUCUGUUUUUAAAUUUCCGAAAGACGUUGAAAAGAAAAGUAUAUGGUGCAAGAAGAUUCCACGAAGAAACUGGUCGCCAUCUGCAAGAAGUGUUGUGUGUGAAAAACAUUUCAUUCAAUCGGAUAGUAUAAGAAUUGACGAAAUAUCAGACAGAGAUGGUACUAUCUUAAAAGUGCCAAGAAAAUGUCCAAAACUGAAGGAAGAUGCUUAUCCGUCUAUAUUUCCUAAUUGCCCAAAAUACCUGACGGAAAACAAACCUACUCCAAGAACAAGUAGAUCUGAAAAACUUGCAAAAUCAGAUGAAAUUGCAUUUCAGCAAUUUUUAGAUAAAGACCGAAUCAAAAGUUUUAUUGAUUUUUGUGAACAAUUGGAUCUACGGGUAAAUUCGUUCAAUUUAAUUUCAAAACCAAUUGUAAUAAAAAACAGUGAUCAUGUAUUUUUAAUUAAUUUAAAUUCAUUGUCAGCACCAAGGGUACUUUCAAGCAUAAAAAUCAAUAAUGAUAUGAGUUUAAAUGUUUUUCUUGGUGAUAUUUCUGUUCCUGUAUCUCACUUCAAAAUUAUUCUAAAUAACCCAGAUAAUCUUUUGCGAUGGAGUGAACUGGAAAAUAUUUUAAGUUUCAUUAAAAAUAUGCAGAAAGAUGACUUAAAUGAAGUGCUUCCUAGUGAAAAAGAAAAGUCUGUGUAUCAUUGGAAAAAAUGCAUUUCUCCUGAUGAUGUGUAUGACAAUAAAAAGUUCAUAUUAGAGCAAAUGAACUUGUGUGAUAAAUCUAAAAUGGCUCGAAGGUACAGCAGUGAACUUUUAAUUUUUGCAUAUUCUUUAUACAUGAAGUCCUCAUCAUGUUAUUCUUCGUUGUACGACAGCGGUUUAUUGUCAAUGCCAUCAAACGAUCAUUUAGGUAAAAUUACAAGCAUUCUGAAUCUCGACAAUUCGUUACAAAAUGAGAAUACAAAAAAAUACAUGAGUGAAAAAUUCAACAAAUUGAACGAUGAAAAUAGAAUUGUAAAUCUACUAAUUGAUGAAAUCUAUGUAAAGAAAUCAAUUGCUUAUAAAGGGAAAUCAAUAUCAGGUUUUGCAGAAAAUAAAUCCGAUACUGAAGGUACAACUGUACAAGCUUUCAUGAUAAGCUCUAUUUAUUCAUCUUAUAAAAAAACUAUUGCCUUAGUUCCUGUUAAUAAUAUGAAUGCAGAUUAUUUAUGCUGCCUGACCCGCAAAGCUCUUCAUAUUCUGAAUAAAGCAGGAUUUUCAGUUGUUUCGAUGAUUUCUGAUAACAGCAGAAUAAACAGGAACAUGUUUCAGAAGUUAGGUCAUAUAAACAAAUGUCAACUCAUGUCUGCAACCCUGCAAAAUAACGAGAAAAAAUUAUUCUUACUUUUUGAUUCAGUACACCUUUUGAAAUCAUAA